AUGGCAGGUCAAGGUAGCAAGUCCAAUGCCUUCCCAGGAAAGUUUUAUUUGGGUUAUGGCCCCAAUGGCAUCAAUUUACUCUGCAAUCAGAAUGUAGAUUCGGAAGAUUCUUCUUCGGAAGGAACACAUUCUGAGUUGAACAUUGCUCCUUCAGACAAUAAUAGUCAGCUCACUAACAGUAAUGGACCAUCAGCUACGAUGGAGGCUAGUCCUAGUGUUCUCCCUCGCAACAUAGACUUGAAUGCUGCAUAUGAAGGCAAUCGCAUGGGCGACACUCAAGAACUAGGAGGAGGAUCGGACCCUAACAAAAAUAUGCUCGUUAGUGAUUCAUCUACUUCCAAUGCAAUUAUGAUCUCUUCUGGAAUUGCUGGGUAUGUGUUGGAAGAAAACGAGGGUGCACAAGAUUCUGCAUCAGGUGGGAGGCGUCUGUCCUGUAAAAGAAGAGCUCCUGAAGAUGCUUCUAGACAAUUUUCUUUGGGUGAAAGCUCGAGAUCAGUUAAGCUAGGUGAUAUUCCUGAAGAAAAUGCUCCUAAAAGCUUCAUUUUACCAUCCUCCUUGAAUAGUAACCCAAAUUCUGCUAGACUUUCGGUUGGUGUGAGAAUAGCUCCAUCCCUGUAUCAACCUUCGGGUGCUGCAGCAAGUGAAUUUGCAACUGGAGCGGGGACAAGUUCUGAAAUGCAUCAAAAUCCAAGUGUGGUUGGACAAGCUGAGAACACCCAGAGAUAUACCCGUUUGAGAAGAUCUGCAAGUCGAUUAGAUUCUGCACCAGACCCUAACUCGUCUUUUUGGACCGUAAGGAAUCCUCGUGUGCAAUCAUCUCUUCAACAACCUGUGUUUUAUCAAUUCAAUCACCUUCCAAGUUCAAACACAGCUGCAACAACGGGAAUGGUUCAUAUAGCUUCUCCAACGCAGCCUUUUAUGCAUACUCCCAAUCCUUCACAGCCUUUCCAGUGGAAUGGGGUCACCACUCCCAAUCCUUCACAGCCUCUACAGCCUUUCCAGUGGAAUGGGGUCACCACGGAAAGAACCAGUGGGCCAUCUACUCAUGCUAUGAAUGGAGGAAAUACCUUGCAUCAGGAUCGGAGCUUAAGGAAUGAUCCGAGGAAUGGCGUGUUCUUUUCUGAAUUUCAAAGGACACAUAUGCCGCACAUGCCAACAAACCUUCACUUUGCCAAUGGGAGAUAUUUUCCAGGAAGUAUGUCUCCCAUUUCCCAAAAUGGCUCUACUUCACAUCAACCACGUAUUCCUAUAUGGUAUGUCCAAGGUAACAUGGAAGAGCAGUAUCAUGGGAGAAUGCCAAACCUUGUCAAUCGUACUGAGCCUCAGGGGCAAAUUUGUUAUCUUCCGUUUAAUCUGGUUGCCUCUUCUCAUACAACAGAGAGGGGAUUACAAGUGGGAAGCGGCAAUGUAAGGCCUUCUCAGAUGCCUCUUAUACCAGGCUUGGAAAUGAGGUACGAGAGACAAACUGUCACUCGUGAAAUGGCACUCCGGGCUUUGACUGCUGUUCAGAGGAGAAACAGACUAGCAACUGAGGUCCGCAAUGCUCUGACGCUUGUGCGUAGGAGGGGUUCGUUACAGUUUGGGAAUGUGAUGCUAAUUGACCGUUCAGCUUUGUUUGGUGAUUCUGAUGAUGAGGAGGCUGAUGAACUUGAAGAUAUGCGUCUUGAUGUGGACAACAUGUCUUAUGAGCAACUGUUGGCUCUCGAGGAGCAAAUGGGAAAUGUUUCGACUGGAUUAAGUGAAGAUGCUAUUGUGGCAACUCUAAAGCAUUGGAAGUAUCAAGCAGUUGUAGAUGGGUCUGACAGUGAAGAUGAACCAUGCUGCAUCUGUCAGGAGGCAUAUGCUGAUGAAGAUGACCUUGGGAAGCUGAAAUGUGGGCAUGACUUUCACUUCAACUGCAUUAAGAGGUGGCUCGUAGAGAAGAACACUUGCCCCAUCUGCAAAAAAGCAGCCAUGGAUGUUUGA